ACUACGUUAAAAUAUUUAUUUUUAAAAUAUUAAAUAUAGUUUUUUCAUAAUGAAAUCUACAAAAUAUUAUAGAGACUUUGAUUUGGAAUCUUUGAGUAUCACUCUUAAAUUCCAACAAUAUGAAUAUGGUGAUGUCAAUUGUGUAGUGUGGGAUGCAGCAAUAGUUUUAGCCAAGUAUUUAGAAUUAUUAUACAUUGAAAACAAAAAAAUUUUUUCAUCAAAAAGAGUGUUGGAGUUAGGAUCAGGAUUGGGAUGUGUUGGGAUCACAGCUGCGUGUUUCGGAGGAGAAGUAAUUUUAACAGAUUUGCCUAAUCAUUUACAUCAAUUACAAUGUAAUAUUGAAGAAAAUGCAGUUCAUUUACAAGGUAGAGCUAAAUCCAUUGCAUUAAAAUGGGGUGAUAGAUUAGAAAUUGAUCCUUUUGAUGUGUUAUUAAUGGCCGAUUGCAUUUAUUAUACUGAAGUAAUACCAGAUUUAAUUAAAACAAUGGUAGAUUCAACUACAUCACAAACUGUUAUCCUGAUAUGUCAAGAGCUUCGAGAUACAGAAAAACAGAAAACUUCAUGGAAAUUAUUUGUGGAUAAACUAAUGCAAUAUUUCACUAUAACAUAUAUACCAGAAAAAGAACAACAUCCUAUAUUUAGAAGUUCUGACAUUUGUAUAAUAAAUGCAAAAAAAAAAUGUAAUUAAAUAACAAUAAAGAUUUCCACCACAACCUAUUUCUUACUUAAUUAAUUUAAGCUCAAAUGUAAUGAACCCAUCAGUGUUUCAAGAACGUAUAAUUGAUUUUUUUUAUUUAACUGCUUCUUUUCACUGAAAAAGUAAAUUUAGUUAAUAAAACUUUUAAUAGUUAAUCUCUAAGUUAUAUUACCUGUACAUAUGUUCAAUUCGUUUCAAUGAUAAGGUAGCAAUUUUUUUCAAUGUGUUUUUUUUUGAUUGUAACUUUUGUGAAAAAAUUAAGCUUCUUGCUGU